GGUGCGCAGGGGCGGGGGAGAAGCCUCUGGUGACAAUUGCGUCUGGGUCCAAGCAAACAUGAGGCAGCUGCCAGCCGGGCUAAGCAGUCUGCCUUGCUGGGGCUACGAAGUGGGGAGACCAGCGACAGUCCCCUUCAGCAGCCAGGAUGCAGAGAGGCAAGGAGGUGAUGAAGGUGUCAGAUGGCAGCUUCCUGGGCGACUCUGGGCGCACACCACUCAGCAAAAAGGAGGGUAUCAAGUGGCAGAGGCCGCGGCUCACCCGUCAGGCCUUCAUGCGGUGCUGUUUGGUCAAGUGGAUCCUAUCCAGCACUGCCCCACAGGGCUCAGCAGUGACAGUGAGCUGGAGCUGUCCACAGUACGCCACCAGCCAGAAGGGUUGGAACAGCUACAGGCCCAAACCAAGUUCACCAAGAAAGAGCUGCAGUCCCUGUACCGGGGCUUCAAGAACGAGUGUCCUACGGGCCUGGUGGACGAAGACACCUUCAAACUCAUUUACUCGCAGUUCUUCCCUCAGGGAGAUGCCACCACCUACGCACACUUCCUCUUCAAUGCCUUUGAUGCCGACGGGAACGGGGCCAUCCACUUUGAGGACUUUGUGGUCGGGCUCUCCAUCCUGCUGCGAGGGACAGUCCAUGAGAAACUCAAGUGGGCCUUCAAUCUCUAUGACAUUAACAAGGAUGGUUAUAUCACCAAAGAGGAGAUGUUGGCCAUCAUGAAGUCCAUCUACGACAUGAUGGGUCGCCACACCUACCCCAUCCUGCGGGAAGAUGCACCCCUGGAGCACGUGGAGAGGUUCUUCGAGAAAAUGGACCGGAACCAGGAUGGGGUGGUGACCAUUGAAGAGUUUCUAGAGACUUGUCAGAAGGAUGACAACAUCAUGAGCUCCAUGCAGCUGUUCGAGAACGUGAUCUAGGACACGUGGGAGGGACCCUGGGUGGCCAUUGCUACUCCACCCCCCCAAGAAGCCUCCAUUCUGCCAGGAGCAGCCUCCAUGAGAAACAUUUUUCUAAUAUAUUUGCAAAAAGUGAGCUGUUUGCUCCCUAGAUAGACACACACAGCCUUUCCCCUCUCUUCCCUCUCUCUCUCUCUCUCUCUCUCUCUCUCUCUCUCUCUCUCACACACACACACACACACACACACCAGUUCCUCUGGCAUGGUGGAGGAUGUGGAGAUCAGAUGAACCCAGCCCUCACCAGCUAUCCCCCAGGUCACUGGAGCAAGGCUGCCUAUGGGAUGGCGAGCACUGCCUGGAUAUUACCCAGGAGGGCACGGAGGUUGAUCUCCACAGUAAAAGCCCCUUGUGUCCUUUCUCAGCACCCAGGGGCCAGGGCACUCCUUGCCUAUAGCCUCGUGCACCCAGAAAGCUCCUGAAAUCCUGGAGGGGUCACAUAGGAGGGUCUGACUAGAGAAGAAAUGGUGAUGGAGGCAUAGCCUGCUGCGUCCUGAAAAUGCAAGCCACCCACUGGAGGGCAAGCUUGAGUGGUGACGACGGCCCACUGGGCUUAUCUUUCCUUCAGCUCAGGAUGGGGUUGAGGCUUUUGAGAAGCUGGGGGACUGUUUGUCCACUCCACUGGGUAGAGACACUCAUGGGAAUGUGCAAGGUAGGGCUGCCCCCAUCCCUCCAGCAGCAGAAUGUCUCCUUACAAUCUUUUGGGGUUCUGGGAGGAAGUCACAUGGCUCAGGGACUGGCAGCCAGGGAGCCUUUGCCAUGCUAGGAAGAGCCCAAGAAGGCUUCCCUCUACCCUCUCUUGCCACCUUCCAUCCAUGUCCCUUAGCCCAGAGGCCUGGCCAAGGCUACCCUUGAACAGGCCCACCCCCAGCCCAUACAAAAAGCACAAACACCCCAGCAGCUCAGACUGCACCCAGGAGGGGAGCCAAGGACACUGCUAUUCCAAGGCAAGCCCUCCCUGGUGGGGUCAGGCCUGGGUCCCAGGAGCCCUGACAUGGUGGCCUGGCGAAGGAAGCUUGGGGAUUCAUCCCAGCCUCAGCCAUGGGGUUUUGAAGCCUGUUCCCAGCCCAGCCCAGCCCACCAACAUUCUAAAGCACAAGCCCAGGAUUCUGCUUGGCUGGGGCUCCUCCAUGGGGAAAGCCAGAGCCCACCAUGAAGGUUAAAGAGCCCGUGGCCAGGCGGCAGAGGAACAGCAGCCUCAGGAGGAAACAGAGCUGCUCCCACCUGCCCAGGUCUCCCUGAGAAAGAGUACAUCCCAGGCAGCAUGGGCCCUUCUAAGGAACAUUCCCACACAAUACAUUCCAUCGGCUGCAAUCCUGUCUACUGGGGCCCAGCUCUGGGAGUCUGUGAGUGUCCCCAGGAGGCUGCCCCCAGGGUAAGCUGUGUCCUUAGAGGAAAACCAGGAUGGAGGAGGCAGUGAGAACCCUGUGGCCCCCACAUGCAGGUGGAACCCCUUGGGGCUGCAUUUACUCCCAUCUCCAGCCUGACUGGGGGACCCCCUCCCCUCCUCUGGAGGGCAUCAGCUUCCCUGGCUCAGGGAUCACCCCCUUCUCCAGUCUGACCCUUCCACCUGGGGUCCCUGUGCUUGGGAGGAGCCAACAUCACAGGAGAGGAUCACCACCAUACCCUGUUCCCCUUGGCCUCUGGCUGCACAUCCAAUCAGGAGAGGUCUGUUCCCUGUGAGGGGGCACAGACUGGCCGCAUGUCUGCAUGGCAGAAGCGUCUCCCUUGGGCACAGCCUGGGAGGGUGGUUCCUGUCGCAGUGUCCACCAAUAUUCAGUCCUCUAUAUUUUAAUAAAAUAAACUUGACAAAGGA